AUUCGCAUAACAUGUUUUAAAACAAAUGCGUUUUAUUUAUAUUUUUGAUAUGGGCCAGAGUUGUAAUUUUCCCCUUUUAUUUAUUUUUCGUGCCUCUUCGUGUCCCAAACGGCUCCCAUCUCACGAAUUUUACCCAGUAGCCUUUGACGGCUUUUUAGGUGACGCUUCGAUUUACACUUUUCUUCCCCCCCGCCGCCCCCCUUUACAUUUGUUUUCGGGAUAAAGAAGGGGGAGUACAAUCUCAGGGCUCACCAUACUCGAUGAGCGGACAGCGCAAUGUCAGAGCGCUCCGGGCAAACUGCAAAGGGGAAGGAAGGCAAAACCAAGUAUGCGUCUCUCAAUCUGUUUGAUACAUACAAAGGAAAGAGCCUUGAAACACAAAAGCCUAUUGUUCCCCCACGCCAUGGCUUGCAGUCUCUCGGUAAAGUUGCCUCUGCCCGGCGUAUGCCACCCCCUGCCAAUUUGCCAAGUCUGAAGGCAGAGAAUAAAGGCAACGAUCCCAACGUCUCACUCGUUCCCAAAGACGGCACAGGAUGGGCAAGCAAACAGGAACAAGCGGACCCAAAGAGUACCGAUGCAUCGUCAGCACCGCAGCAGGAACCGCAGCAGCCUGUGGCUUCACAGACACCUGCACCGACCCGCCCGAGAACCCCGCCAGCUUCAGAGGUGCCACCGGUCACAGCUAUGGCCCCAGCUUCCACCCAGGCCGUAGGGGCAAGGUCCUGGGCACAGGCCAGUGUUACACAUGGAGUACAAGGGGAUGGUGGAAAGGGAUCAAACCUACCGUCGCCAUUCUCUCGCGAGGAAUUUCCCACCCUGCAGGCGGCUGGCGACCAGGACAAAGCUGGCAGAGAACAGGGCACUGCAGAUCAGUGGUAUGGGCCAGGACCAAGCCUCCGCCCCCAAAACGUUACAAGUUGGCGGGACGGUGGGGGCCGAGGCCUGGCACCCACCCUCUCCGGGGAGGGAGCGGCAGAGGGUGGCACCGGUGGGGCGUUGCUAAUGGACGGGGCAGCCGGGGUCCCGCCUCAGAACUCGCAGUCCCACGUGCCACCUAGGAACCCUCCCGCAGGCAGCCCCGCCUUACCCCUGCCUCAGCCCGCCGUGGGGCCUGGCUUUCCCCCAUUCCGAGGGAUUAUGCCUCCAUUCAUGUAUUCACCAUAUUUACCCUUCCCGGCAAAUUAUGGUCCUCAAGGGCCCUACAGGUUUCCACCACCUGGUGACGGUCCAGCUCCAAGGUUCUCCCGGUCACAGGUUGGUCCUGACAGCCGGCCUCAGCUUCUUUCACGCGAUGCGGGCGGAGAGGUGGUCAAGCGGCCCUCCAUCCUAAAGCAGGAUGACCUCAAGGAGCUCGAUGAGCUAGACCACGAUGGAGAUGAAGGCUGGGCAGGGGCACACGAGGAGAUCGAUUACUCCGCAAAGUUAAAGUUCAGCGAUGAUGAAGGCGAGGACGAGGGAGAAGAGGACACAACAGAGAGCAAGAGUGACUUAAAUGCGCAGCAGAAGUCUCAAGAGACCCCAUCUGCAACAUCCUGCUCUCGAGCCUCAGGCAGCAGUGGAGAUAACCGCCGCAGCCCUCCUUCCAACACUGAAGAAGGCCCGACUUCCUCAGCCAAGCCAGGAUGGUCUGAGGGCAGUCAAGGAGCACCAUCCAACCACCAGGACCGGUCUCACAGCCAGAGUGCAUCAUCGGCCUCGGGAAAAGUAGGCCACGCCCAGCAUCAGCCAGCAGCGGGAGGUCCGACCCCUCCUCCUCAGCCCGGGCUGCUGGUCCACGGGGUCCCGGGAGACGACGAGGACGAGACGUGGCGUCAGCGCAGGAAGCAGUCUUCCACCGAAAUAUCGGCUGCCGUGGAGCGAGCUCGUCGGCGCCGCGAGGAGGAAGAACGUCGAAUGGAGGAGGAGAGACGUGCCGCCUGCGCGGAAAAGUUGAAAAGACUGGAUGAGAAGCAGCAGCAGCAAGGCGGCAACGUCGCAGGAAGUACCGGCAGUAAGACGCCAAGCCUUGAUGGGAAUUCCACAGCGGCCACAGCUGGCAGCCCUAGUCCGUCCUUGUCGGCCUCUGCGUCUUCCCCCAACAUCAGCCAACCGCCUUCGCCGUGCGUCGACCCUGAAGAGCCGCCCGCGUUGCCCGUGCAGUCAGGCACUGGUCUCGCUGUCGGUGACAGACAGCGGGCGAGCAGCAACAGCAGCUAUGACUCUAGCACGGAUGUCCAGCAUUGUCCUCAGCCGGCUGUGACACUGCCAAAGCAGCCUACGUUGGAGGUUUCUGCACCAGUAGACAAAGAGGACACUGUCUGCACUCCUCCAAUGCGUGCAGGAAGCGGAGCUGAAAGAGGAACGGAACCGGUGAAGAUUGAGAAUAUCGGAGGGGGAUCCGGCCGUCAAGCUACCAUUCCUCCAGGCCAGGGUUACUCAAAGUACCAGAAGUCCCUCCCACCUCGUUUCCAGAGGCAGCAGCAGGAGCAGCUAUUGAAGCAGCAACAGCAGUGGCAACAACAGCAUAGCCAGGCAUCUCAGAGCCAGCUCUCCCCUCAAUCCCAAGCACCGCAGGGUACUUCACCGGUUUCAACGCCUCAGCCAGGACCCGGACCUAAACAGGGAGGACCUCUGUAUCAACCCAGCAAUUUAGUUCGGCCACUUCCGAUGAAUUUUGACCCACGCUGGAUGAUGAUGCCCUACAUGGAUCCUCGAAUGAUGCAGGGUCGCCCGCCUAUGGACUUCUAUUCCACAGGAAUGCACCCGUCAGGGCUUAUUGGCCGUGAGCGGUCUGAUUCAGGAGGAUCUGGUUCAGACCCCUUUGAUCGGCAACAGCAGCAUCCAGGGCAUCCUCACCGUGGUACUCCCCCUGUUGAUCCUAAAUUGGCCUGGGGGCCUGAAGUAUUCCCUGGUGGAGCGGAAGGUUGUGGUAUAAAUCCUCCUCUCAGGCAGAGGCAGACUUCAGAAGAGGAGGAUGUCACCAAAGGGCCCAGGAGUGACACUCCUCCACAUCGCUUAAGAGAGGCUGGAUUGGGACCCAUCAAGCAGCCCAACACAAGCUCCGGGCCGUCGAACCAGACGCCGCCUCCAGUUAAUGCCCCGGGUGGAAGCCAUCCCCCUCAUCACUACAUAAGUGGGCGCGGCAACUACAAUAACUUUCCUGAUCAAGGUGCAAGGAUGCCAGCCCACCAGCAGCAACAGCAACAACAAAGAGGUAGUGAAAGAGGAAGCCACUCCCGUAACUUUACCCAUCAGGACGAAGGCCAAAGCCGGGGUUCUCAGCCAGGCCAACUCUGGGGGGCUUCACAUCCUCAUUAUGAUCGCAAUGGCCGCGCAGACGUCCCAAAUGUAGAGGGCAACGCUCAUCUCCACCACCAUCACAACAACCACCACCCUCAGCAGCCUCACUACACUGUCCAAUCCCAUAGGCACGAGAAUAGCCACGACAAGGUAGUCGAGGGCCCUCCGAAGAAGACUAAUUCUUCUCCCCCGCUCCACCAGCCCUCCCUCUCAUCCUCAUGCUCCUCAACUUCCUCUUCUGCCUCGACCAGGGAAGAUGGCAACGUCAAGGCCACUUUGCAGCAUCCUCACAGGGAAGGUGAAGCUGGAGUUGGACAGAAUCUUGGUGAAAGAGGCAGUAUUGGCGGUCAUGUUAAGCAUGAAAAAACAGGCUCCGCAUAUGCACCACAUGCUUCUAUGGCCUCGAGCCCUCCUCCUGCUCAACAUGGCAGUCACCCCCAGCCAGGGCAUCAUCCCCAUCCAAGGUCAAACCAAAGAGGGGUGCGGGAUCAUAAAACAGAGACCCAAUGGGGCCCUCGACCUGGCAGCACCAACACAGUUGGUGGGUCCUCUCAUAGCAGGAGGAACAACAAUGCAGGUAGCGGGAACAAUUCCCGCGGUGCUGACGAUACCACGCAUGCUCCAUCGGAGCAUAAGCCCGCAAACCAGUCGGGAGGCAACAAUCCCAACAAAAGGGCGGGUCCAAUCAAGAAGCCACUGAUGAAGGAGAUGAAGAAAGAGGGUGAAGUUGAUAGCGGAGGGAAAUCCAGCCAAGGCUUUGUGAAAGAUAAAGAGAAGGAUGGUGGUCAAUCGACGGCAACAAAGCAGGAUGCCGCUACCACUCAUAACACCUCCGCUCCGUCAGGGAAAGAAGAGCCUGCUGUAACGAUAAAACCCCGAAACAGUGGAAAAGAACGGCCAUUCGGAGGAGGUGGCGGUGGGUCAGGGAGAGCCCCUAAAGACGCAGACAAUUCUUCAGGAUUUUCAGCAUCCCGGAGGGACAGAGACCGGUCUUUUGAAAGAAGAACCGGCAAUUCCCAUAAUCAUGGAGUCGCCAACAAAGUCACCAGAGGCAGUCGCGGGCGAGGUGGAGAGUUCUACGGCCGCGGUCGCGGUUACAGGGGUACCUACACGGCCAACGCUGGCCCUAGUGGUGCCGCCUGUGGCAGAAUGGCCAGCAGGAGUGGCAGAGACUUUCGCACAUCUGUCGCUGUUGGCCACCAUCACGAUCCGAAAGGCGAAGGCCCCGUUGGGAGGCAUCCUCAGGAUAGGUCCCAUCACAACCCGGCUAGGGCAAGGAAUCGGAGCGAAACACGCAGUGAGGGCUCAGAGUAUGAAGAAAUCCCCAAAAGGAGGAGGGAAAGAGGAUCAGAGACGGGAAGCGAGAGUGGGGCGAGUGACCUCGGGCAAUCGGACAAGGACGACACCCACAAACCCAACACCAAGAAUGGCAUCGAUAAUACCAACACGACUUCUAGUGGGAUCAGUCACUCUGCGCCACCAAGGGGGACACAGGCUCGGGUGUUCACUCCGAGGGGCGUGCCGUCGAGGAGGGGCAGAGGUGGCGGUAGCGGAGGAGGAAAUAUCUUCAGGAAUAGCGGCAAUGUCGGAGGACCGGCCGGGGGACACAGGGGUGCAGCCUCUCACGGGGGUUCCUCGAGGCAGCCAAACUCUGCGCGAAGGCAGCAAGCCCCGUCGCAUACCUCAGGGCACAAGGACUUGGGCAGGGGAGGGCCACCUUUAGAGAAGAAAGAUAAGACAGCUGAUGGAAAUCAAACUCAAAGUCACGGACCCAACCUUCCUCAGAGCUCUUUGUUGGCCGCUACUCCUAACACUCAAGCGGCUACUGACAAUGGAACUGUUUUGACCCAGCAAGCUUCAAGCAACCCCGCAUCGAUUCCCAGUGGGCCAAAUUCAGUCCCUCCUCCAACUAACCGCGGGUUUCCUCCCGGCGGCUUCGAGCGACCCAAGCGUCGACGUCACAUGCGGUCUCAACAUCAGCAGGACAAGCCGCCUCGCUUCCGGAGGCUGAAAGAACGAGAGAAUGCCGCUCGGAUCAACGGUGGCGUGGGUGUCAUCGGAGGGGGAAGGCCCUCCUCUCCUUCUGUAAAUUCAAUUCAGGACAGUAACGGGCCUACUGUCACGGCUACGCUAAUCGGUAACGCCCAGAAUGCCAACCAUACCGCCACGCUUACGGCUACCAAUAACAGUGGCGGCGGGCACCUCGGCAAUGCGAACAGCCACCACCAUCACCACUUCAGCCAGGGUGGACCCGCCCACCCCCAGCACCACCACAGCCACGGAGCCAAGUCCCCAGACUUCACCAACCAGAACUCGGACCAGGCCAACGAGGAGUGGGAGACUGCUUCCGAGAGCAGCGACUUCACCGAGUUCCGAGACAAAGAAGGCGGAGGGAAGUCGUAUUCUUCUCACCACCACCACCACCAUGUCGGAAAAGGAGGAAGCGGCGGCGGAGGGGGUGCCAUCGAGCGAGAGAUGGGAGGGAAAGAGCCCCAAGGUAAUAAAAGAAGCUUUUCAAGCCAGCGUCCCGGCAUGGAACGGCAAAACCGGAGGGUGAAUGUCGGCGGAGGCAGAGGCCCUCGAGGUCCGCCCGGCGGCGCCGGCGGCGGGACAGGAAACGGAGGCGGCAUCCGCGGAGAGAAGCGGGGCAACUGGCCCUCCCCGAAAAAUAGGAAAUGAUCGAGUAUUUCAAAACACUUCGGCUGAACUGCACUCACUUUCAACCCGAUUCUUCCAUUUUAAUCCUGUUUUCAGUUUCAUGUUUGCAUCCCUUAAACAUAUGAGUGUCUUGUACAGUAUAUGGAGAUGGUAUUCUAAAUUCACCCUUUUUGCAUCCGUACGUUGUCGACCCUACUUUCUUUGUAUAAUUUUGUUUGGGUUUCGUCUUACUUUCCGUCGAGUUGUGCCCUCUUCACCUCGAAAAGUCUUGCCCCGGGUUGAUAUGACACGCUUGUAGUUUGGCAAUGAAAACGCAUUGUUUUAAAAUAGGGGCGGGGGGAUUCACACUGCUAUACAUACAAGCACAAAAUGACAUCUUUGAACAUGUAGAACUUGUGUGGUCAUGUGGAUGUAAAAUGAUUGUGGGACUGAAUUGGCAAAAAGAAUCAAUCGGGCAAACUUUUAUAUCCAUAUUCAUGUGCGCGUGUAUAUUUCUACCACACUUUUGCCUUCGGUGGUGUACAGUUCUGAACGAAUUCCCCUUACAAAGGGGAAAAGCGCAGCUUCAGCUGAACAAGAACAGUAUCAGUGUAUCAUAUUAUGUUUUCGGGAGAGUUGUGUCAAUUCAGUUGCAGCCACACGAGAUGUUAAGUGUCUGUGUGUGUGUUUGCGUGUGCGUGCGUGUGGUUUUGUUUGUUCUUUUUUUUCUUUUUUUACAAAGUGGAUGGUUAAACAGCCCGCAGUCUCUUAUUUACUUUUCUUUGGCUCUCAGUUAUGAACGUUUUCUGCAAAGUAUGUAAAAACUGUGGUAGGACCCAUGUACUACUGUUCCUCGUCACUAGUUUGUCUUUUUUAUAUCAUUGUCCUGUUGUGUUGUUUUUUCCUCCUUUCACGCUUUCAUGUAUUACGGAGCCCCUAAAGGGACAGACAGAAAUAAAAUUUCUUUAAAUCACCUGGUGCGCAUCAGAUUUUAUGUGGUGCGGACUAAAGACUAUCUGGCGCGUACCAGAUAGUAUGUGGUGAGAGCUAGAAACUAUGGUAUGCACCAGAUACUAUCUGGAGCUCACUAGAAACUUCGGUGCGCACUAGAAACUGGUGAGCACCUGAUAGUAUGUGGUGCGCACUAGAAACUAUCUGGGGUGCAACAGGUAGUAUGUGGUGUGACUACACACAAUCUGGUGCUAUCUAGAAAGUGGUGAGCCCCUGAUAGUAUGUGGUGCGCACUAGAAACUCUGGUGAGCACCUGAUAGUAUGUGGUGCGCACUAGAAACUAUCUGGGGCGCACCAGGUAGUAUGUGGUGCGCACUAGAAACUAUCUGGGGCGCACCAGGUAGUGUGUGGUGCGCACUAGAAACUAUCUGGGGUGCACCAGGUAGUAUGUGGUGUGACUACACACUGGUGCGCACCAGAUAGCAUAUGGUGCGCACUAGAAACUGGUGAGCAUCUGAUAGUAUGUGGUGCGCACUAGAAACUGGUGAGCACCUGAUAGUAUGUGGUGCGCACUAGAAACUAUCUGGGGUGCACCAGGUAGUAUGUGGUGCUCACUAGAAACUAUCUGGGGCGCACCAGGUAGUGUGUGGUGCGCACUAGAAACUAUCUGGGGUGCACCAGGUAGUAUGUGGUGUGACUACACACAAUCUGGUGCGCACCAGAUAGCAUAUGGUGCGCACUAGAAACUGGUGAGCACCUGAUAGUAUGUGGUGCGCACUAGAAACUGUGGUGAGCACCUGAUAGUUUCUAGUGCGCACCACAUACUAUCUGGGGCGCACCAGGUAGUAUGUGGUGCGCCCUGCAAAUCUAUCUGGUGUGCACCAGGUAGUAUGUGGUGCGCACUAGAAACUCUGGUGCGCACCAGAUAAUAUGUGGAGCUCACCAGGUAGUUGUGGUGUGCAUUAGAAACUAUGGUGUGCACCAGGAAAAAUGUGGUGUGCACUAGAAACUAUGUGUUGAGCCCCAGAUAGUUUCUAGUGUGCACUACAUACUAUCUGGUACGCACCAGGUAGUGUUUGGUGCGUACUAGAAAUUGUGGUGAGCAUCAGAUGGUAUGCUGUGCGCACUAGAAACUGUGUUGAGCACCAGAUAGUUUCUAGUGCGCACUCAAAACUAUCUGGAGCACACCAGGUAGUAUGUGGUCAGUACCUGGUAGUAUGUGGUGCGCACCAAAUGGUUUGUGGUGUGCACUCGAAACUUUGGUGCGCAACAGGUAGUAUGUGGUGUGCACUACAUAGCUUCUAGUGCACACCAUAUACUACCUGAUGCGCACCAGACCACAGUUUCUAGUGCGCACAACAGACUACCUGGUGUGCACCAGAUAGUUUCUAGUGCGCACCACAUACUACCUGGUGCACACCAUAUUUUAUAAUGUGCACCACAACUACCACAUAGUUUCUAGUGCGCACCAGGUAGUAUGUGGUGCGCGCUAGAAACUGGUGCGCACCAGAUGGUUUGAAUUUAUUUCAUUUCUGUCAAUGUCCCUUCACUCCGUACAUGUCAACCUGGUUUGAAAAUUCAUUUGGAUCGAUCAGUCUUUAUUUUGUUUUUAAGAAAAUAAAGGCUUUUUCAGCCUCACCGUAGCAUCCUUGUUACCUGCAGAACUUCUGCACACUGCAAAAAUACUUUGGAAAUUUGCGUUAUUUGAUUGAUGGCUUUAUUUCCCCAUUUCUUUGAGCUUUCCAUUUUCAUACGGAAGCUUUCUCUUUAAAGUGGAAUGUCUAUUCUAUCGAGGGGAAAGCCAGUUUAAAGAAUGACUUUUCACAAAUUGUUAGUUCAACUGUCAUUGCGUUGGUAGGUAAACUUAUGUUGUUAAUAAGCACUCCUUGUAGUUAAAAACAAAAACAAAAAACUUGGUUGCUGUUUUUUUGUAUUCUUUAGUAGAGCAAGUUAUAUGUGAUGCAACAAGGACAGGUACUCUGUCUGGGCCCAGAGUACUAAGAUAAUAGGUCAAGUAUUACAUCUCCUCUGCUGUUGUGCAUGCUGUGAUGCACCCUAUUGCUAUUGGGACUUUUCACACAAACAAGGACUAACUGAGGAGGUUAACAGAUCGUAAGAAUUGAACAACCAGGUUGCAUUUGUUUUGGAAUUAAUGGAUUUGUAACACUUGUAGUCAUGCAGUCAACAAACCUGCGCACAGUUGAGAGAAAAGAUGAACUUCUCUGCAUCAAUUCACUGCUGUAAGUUGGGGUUUUGUUUGUUUACUGACAGUUUAACCGGGGAUGUUUGAAGUAGGGCAUUUGUGAGUGUGUUGCGCGACUGUGCUGUGUUUGGUGCGUGUGUUUUUUUUCUUUUCUUUCUGGUAUCUACGUUGUAAUGGGAAUGGCAAGGACCAGAGGGUAACGAGAACGGCAAGCACUUUCUGCCUUUUUUUUUUUUUCGCCCACUUUCGAUUGACCUAAUGUUAUCGAAUCUGCUUUCAAAAAGAAAAAUGACAUAUUAAGCUCUUUGCAUACAUACAGAACAUUCGUCGAAUAAGCAGAGAAAAGAAUCUUUUUUUUCGUUGUUGUAUAGUUUAACACAAUACAUACUGAAGCAGGCAAGUGAUGUAUCUUUACUUCAAGCAUGAAUACACAGCUUGCCUUGUCCGUCACUGGUUUCCGCAUCGCUAGCUGUACUAUUCAGACCGGCUCAAAGAGUCCCCCAUCCCUCCUCGACUCUUUGAUAUCGAUGUGCACAUUAUUGUAUGUACCCAUGCUAAAAGAAAAAAGUCGUGUAUUGAAAGUACUCCAAAGGAUUGUACUGUUUCCAGCAUUACCAAGGUACCUGGAGUGGUCCAUUAGGUUGUUUUAGCAUUUAUGGUUUUAUUAAUGGAGCCGUAAUAUAUGCACAUGUAUGUAUAUUGGUAUGUAUCUUUAAGUUUUGUCGACCCCAACUUACAUUCCCACCAACAAAUGUUGCCAUUUUUAGUUCAAGGGAGCAAUGUACAAGCAGAGAAGUGUCUUAUUAUAAUAAAAGUUAUACAGAGAAGGCAAAGUCAAAUAAACUACUUUUGAUUGAAUGGAAAAAUGGAGUUGUCUCAUUAUUAAU